UGUGCCGUUAUGUAGAAACAGACAAUCUUUUAUAGAUUCUGAUCAUCUUCGUCCCAUUUCCCAAUUCAAAAUUCUACAUUAAUCCCUACUCUCCAAUUCCCAACAAAUAAAUCACUUCCACCAACUGUGUCAGUGUACAUAAAAGUGUAGAGCUAAAUACAACAGUGAUACCUCACGAAAAGGGGUUCAAACCCCAAAAAGUAUCUCUUUUAGCCAAAAAGGAAUCAACCCUUUUGCGUUUCUUGGCUUUUCAGCUUUGGUUCUGUUGCUUGCUGCUUUCUUCUUACAUUUUGGGUCCUGGAGAGAAUUCAGGAGUACAAGGGUGGGAAAAUGUCUGAGAGAACUAUAGCUGAGGAUCUUCUGAACAACAUUGUGGAAUCAAUUGCUGAUGGUCUAUCAAAGCAGAAGUCUCUGUCAAAGCAGACGUCAGGGUCCUUCUUUGAACAGGAGAAAUCAAGCUCAGUUAAUGCUCAGCUCAAUAGGCUAUUUGGCCGUCAAAAGCCAGUACACCACAUUUUAGGUGGAGGCAAAUCUGCUGACGUCCUGUUAUGGAGAAACAAGAAAAUCUCAGCUGGUGUUUUAACCAGUGCCACUGCCAUCUGGGUGCUAUUUGAGUGGCUGAACUACAAUUUUCUUUCACUUCUAUGCUUUGCUCUUGUCAUUGGUAUGAUUAUUCAGUUUCUUUGGAAAAAUGCUUCUGGCAUGAUAAACAGUGAAUGUACGAUCUUUGGAAACAGGUCUCCAGCUAAGGUCCCUCGUCUUGUCUUACGUGAUGACCUUUUCAUCAGCAUCGCCAAGUCAAUAGGAGCUGAAGUAAACCGUGCUUUGGGCUUCCUUCAAGAUGUUGCCUGUGGGACUAACAUCAAACAAUUCUUAGUGGUUGUGGCGAGCUUGUUGGUUGCUGCUAUUAUUGGAAGCUGGUGCAAUUCUUUAACUGUUCUGUACAUUGGCUUUGUUGCUGCACAUGUGCUUCCCGUGCUGUAUGAAAAAUAUGAUGAUCAAGUUGAUGGCUUCGUAUAUAAUGCUCUCGAAAAGUUUCAAUGCCAUUACCAAAAGCUGGAUCAUCGCGUCCUCAGCAGAUUCCCCACGAGCAAAUUCAGGCUAAAGAAGUUCGAAUAGGUUAAUCAGCAGAAAAGCGAACUUGUGCAUUUCCUGCUCAGGAAGCAAAAUGCUGCUUUUUGAGCUUAGAAUUAGUCAAGGUAAUAGCUCCAUUAAAUUCAAAAGAAAAGACAAACGCUAGAUGGCAUCGGAGUGAUUUUAUAUGUUCAAAUACUGUAGUAGAAUAUGGCAUUUUGAAAAUAAGUUGCUUUGUAUUCUUUUUUUCUUACCAUCUUUCAUCUGUAGUUGUAGGAGUUUUAGAAGCAUACUUCUAUGUUGCUUAGACACUACUUAUUACCACACCAGUGUUGAUCCUCCUAAAAUGCAUUAUUUUUGAGGACUUGUGUUUGAUCGAGAAAGAUUUUGAUGCUUGAUGAAUAGAAGAACGGUUGUGUCGA